AUUGUGUGUGUAUCUUGUCAAUAACAUAGAGAUGAAUAUUUUUCGAUUAGCAGCGGAUAUCAGCCAUGCUGUGGCCAUAGUCUUGUUGCUGUACAAGAUCUGGACGUCGCGCUCAUGUGCUGGUUUGUCGCUCAAAUCACAGUCACUCUAUGUGGCUGUGUUUGUCUCCCGGUAUUUGGAUAUUUUCCGCUUUGUCUCCUUCUACAACACCUUCAUGAAGUUGUUCUUCAUCAUCGGCUCCUCCGCUACUGUGUACUUGAUGGCUUUCAAGUUUAAACACACAUACCAGAAGGAGAACGACUCCUUUCCCGUAUUGUAUCUAAUACUGCCGUGCAUCGCUAUGGCGUUCGUUCUCCCUUACGAAUACAAUCCCGUCGAGAUCCUUUGGACAUUCUCCAUUUGGCAAGAAUCUGUGGCUAUUUUCCCACAGCUGUUCAUGGUACAAAAGACUGGAGAGGCCGAAAGUAUCACGAGUCACUAUCUGUUUGCACUGGGGUCUUACCGAGGACUAUAUAUUCUGAACUGGAUCUACCGCUAUGUGGUAGAAGAUCAUGUGGAUUGGAUCUCCAUCGUUGCAGGAGUGAUCCAGACUGUUUUGUAUUGUGAUUUCUUCUACCUGUACAUUACGCGAGUUAUCAAAGGAAGGAAACUAGAUCUACCUGCAUGAGGAUAUAAGUUGGGAUCAUUCCUUGUAUCAGUUCUGCCGAAGGUGUAGUUAUGCACCGCUGCCAGAGUCGAAAGUGGUCAUCGAAUCGUCAAAUCAAUAUUUGUCUACGGAUCCGAUAUUUAUAUUUCAUCACGGUGUGCAUCGCAAUGUUUGACGCUGUAGCUGACAUGAAAUAUGAAUAUGAACUACUUCGUCAUAUUAAAGUGGAGUUUGUAAGGCUUUUUCUCCAAUUGUGUCAACUAAGUGUGCGAGGAAUUUUUCUUCGAUGGCCUUACGUUUCCUUGUGACUCCCUAAUAACAUAUGCCGUUUUGGCCUAUGCUCGUGUAUUGCGCUAAAU